CUGUAAUGAGGAUACUUUACUGAUGAAUAACAAGGAAUAGUUUGGACAGUGACAAAACAAAGAGGUUCAAGGGAUUUUUGUAAAGUAAGAAAAGGCAGCUCUAUCAUGGGAAACCCUGGAAAAGAAAUUGUCUCUUUGGUACUGCUUGUUAUGGAAUUAACUGCACUGAGCAAAAUUGAUGCCUGGAUCUUUUCAGAGGAGGUAUACAGCAGACAUAAACGUGAAUGGAUUGUUCCUCCAUUAGUCAUACAGGAGAAUAAAGACUACAGUUCACAAAACCCUAUAGCCAAAAUUCGUUCAGACAAUGAACACAUGAAUAUCAUGUACAACAUAACUGGCCCAGGAGUUGGUGAAUACUUUUCUGUCAAUGAACGCGAUGGAGGGCUAAAUAUUCUUAAAAUAGUGGACCGUGAGCAAUAUGCCGAAUUUUCUCUGAAAGGGCAUGCAACGGAUCAGCAUGGUAACAAUCUAGAAAAUCCAAUUCUUAUUCGAAUCAGAAUAAGUGAUGUCAAUGACAAUGGACCACAAUUUACAAAGAAACAUUUUUUUGCCCAGGUUGAAGAAUUAUGUAAUACAAGUACGUUAAUAACAAUGUUGAAUGCCACAGAUGCAGAUGCUCCAAACACCCUGAACUCGAAGCUUGCUUAUCAUAUUACUGAACAACAGCCUUCAGGAACGCAGAUGUUCAAAAUUGCAAGAAGUAGUGGCGAGGUUUUUCCAACCAAUUCUAACCUUGAUCGAGAGGCACAAGCAACAUAUAAUUUGACUGUGGAAGUAAAAGAUCUUGAUGGGGGUCAGUUUGCAUUUCGUGAUGUAGCAGUUCUUACAAUAAGUUUGUUGGAUGUUAAUGAUAACAUUCCAUAUCUUGAAAAGCCUUCGUAUGAAGGAAGUAUUGAAGAAAAUAAGGCAAAUGUUGAAGUAAUGCGGAUAAAAGCAUACGAUAAAGACGAAGAGUUUACAGACAAUUGGUUUGUAAAUUUUAUGAUUGUCUCUGGUAAUGAGGAUGGAUACUUCAAGAUUGUAACAGAUACUAAAACAAAUGAAGGAGUAUUGAUUCUUCUGAAGGGUGUUAAUUAUGAGCAGCUGCAGCAUUUGACACUGGGUAUAGUUUAUUCAAACAAAGCGACGUACCACCACUCACUCGGAAUUGUGAGUUCCAGGAAGCCAAUUCCAAUAAAAGUGAAUAUAAUAAAUGUUCCAGAAGGUGCUAUGUUUCGGCCAAGUAGAAAGAUUGUUUCUGUUAGUGAAGAUAAGAAGGUCAUCACUCUCAAUAAAGUAGUCACAACAUAUGCAGCGAUUGAAGAAGAUACUGGAUUGACUGCAAAGAAUGUCAUAUAUGCCAAAGAUUUAGAUGCAGAUAACUGGAUAUCCAUAGACCCUACUACAGCUGAUAUUAAGUUCAUUAAAUAUCCUGAUCGGGAAUCUGUUCACAUAGUCAAUGGCACAUACACUGUUAAGAUUAUUGCUAUAAGUGAAGAUAAACCUCCCAAAACAUCGACUGGCACCAUUACUUUCCAGGUGGAGGAUAGCAAUGACAACUGCCCACAAGUCAGUACAACACCACAGACCUUCUGUGAAGAGGCUCCGUACAUUAAUGUGACAGCCACUGAUCUCGAUGAUGAUCCAAACGCUGGUCCUUUUAGCUUUAAAAUUGUUGAUGAACCAGUAGGUACAACAGAAAUAUGGAAAGUUGGAGAAACAUAUGGUACAAGCAUGCAAUUGGUACGUCAAAAACCACUGUGGCCUAAGGAAUAUGAAGUUCAGUUUCAAAUAAGCGAUCGACAAGGCUUAAUGUGCACUGAGAAACAGAUACUGAAGUUGCAUGUAUGCUCAUGCCACGUAGAUGGCAUACACUGUGCAGACUAUCGACGUGAAAGUAGUGCAGUACUUGGAGGUGGAGCUAUUGGCCUGAUGAUACUUGCAUUUUUAUUGCUCCUUCUUGUACCCCUUUUGUUACUGGUGUGUAAAUGUGGAGGCGCUGCUGGUCCUGCGUUCGCUCUAAUUCCUGAUGCAAUCACAGAGACACUUCAGCCAUGGAACAAGGAAGGAGCCGCACCUCAAGAUAAGGUGCCUAUUAGUUUUGCUGCGGGUUCAUUUUCUGAAAAGUCAAUGCAGGCCUCAGGAAUGUCUUCAGGUGCACACAUGUCUGCAUCAGGAAUAGCUGCAGGUGCACAAAUGCAUGGUUUGGGAAUAGCAGCAGGUGCACACAUGACCAGCAGUGUCGUAGGAAUGCAAGUAGGAAGAGCAGCUUAUGGCACCGAUGGAGCUAUUUUUGCUGAUGGAUAUCGGGCUGGUUCAAGAGAGCUCUUAGAAAUUUCCAAAUCCAUGGGCUAUGCAGGAAUGUAUGCUGCUGGUGGAGCUGUGAAUGAAUCAUUUCUUCUAAAGUAUUACAUGGAGCAAUCCUGUCAAGUUAGUGAGGAGGAUGCAAGGAAAGCAGCAAAUGACUGUGUGAUGAUUUAUCAAAAUGAAGGAAUUGGUUCACCAGCUGGCUCCGUGGGCUGUUGCAGCUUUAUUGAAAGUGAUUUGGAGGACGACUUCUUAGAUGAUCUUGGACCAAAGUUCAAGCAACUGGCAGAAGUUUGUACAGGCCUAGAAAUCAGAAAGGAGAUGACGUUCAGUCAGUUUAUAUCCACUGGAGAGAGCUCCACAGCUGGCCAACAACAAGCAGUCAGGCAAUCUGGAUCUGCUCUAGGGAGCUUCAGUCAGUCUACAGCAAAAGCAACCAACCAUUUUGAAUCUAGUUUGCAUAGCUCAGCUCCACCCAUUCAGCCAGCUGUCAGUCAGUCCCAAUCCACUCUGCACAGCACCAGCAUAUCCACAUCCCAGGUAGUCAGCCAUUCUCAGUCAGCUGAAUCAAGUAGUGAAACUGUGGUUCAAAAUGUAGGAUUAGCCAAUCCUAGUGUGCAGGUCGGUCAUUUCACACCAGAAUCAGUAGUAAAGCAAAAUGUUGUGGUUCUGGAUGGCUUACAUGCCUCUGGUUCCAAUCUUCAGGUAGUUGGAACAACACCCGAGGCUGCCAUACAGCAGCAUGUUUUAGUCACUGAGCAUUCCAUAGCUCCUGGCACUUUUCUUCGUCCUGUCGGCGUUGUUGCCGAACCUGUUGUACUUCAGCAGCAUUAUGUGUUGGCUGAAACAUCACAUGCAGCUGGAUCUCCUGCACAAAGCAUUUUGCAACCUGUUUCUAAUGUAGGAGGGGCUCAUAAUGUUAUCCUUAUGGAAGGAAGUGUGGUCUCAGCUCCUGGCGCACAUGGAUACCUAGUCAGUGUCGAACCUGAGGGUCACCAGCAGGUUUUGGUAAGAGAAGAGACAGUGGCCCCUAAUGUUGCAGUAAAGUCUUCAAUAAGUAAGGUCACCAAGUACAGCACAUUACAAUUUUCAGAGGCUUAGGGUAAUUCGGAGUCAGAAGGCCAUUAAUACUCUUUGCUAGCCACAUAGUAAAAAAGCAGCUAAGAGCUUAAUUUUCAAGAUUACUGAAAUGUUUGAUGUUUACUGUAAAUGAGUUCUGAGGAAAAUCUUCAAAAAAAUUGGUCCUAUGUUAUGUGUAAAUGCUGCCUUUCAGAGAGUCCAUUAUUGACCUUAUAACAUGUAUGUAUCUUCAUUUAGUGAGUAAAGGGCAUGUAAAAGUGAAAGCAAGGAAGUUUUUUUUACUGUAUCUAUUAAGAAAAUGUGUCUAGCUUUUGCUUAGCUAAGUUGCCCAUUUGCUAAGAUACACUUCUGGUGGUUUGCUAUUUCACAGAUCUGUACUGCUGUUUAUUGUUGAGUGUUCUCUUAGACUUUUUAUUGUACAUUUUGCAGCUACAUGAAGAGUACAAAAUUUUGUAUAAUAUUAAGUGCCUCAUAGUUGUGUUCUACAUGGUCAUACUCUCCAGAGCUAUUGUCAUAGCAGGAAUUGAGUCUGCAGCAGUGUAAGAUCUUUUUUUUUUUAAAUUCAUUACUGUCACAUUGUGGCACAGGAGACAUUACUUCCACACUACUUCCCAGCUACCUAAGCUCCUUCAUUGCCUGUGACAGUCCUGUUUCAUGGCCCAUCAGAAACAGAUGUCUAUCACCCUCUCUGUGAACUUCCAUGUUCGACUUUGUACUGUUAAGUUACAUUACCCUAAGAAUGACACUUUGUUCACUAGUGUCCCUUUAAUAGAAAGUCUUAACAAAUGUACUUUAAUGGCUCGGUCAUUAUCUGUGCUCGUGUUAUAAUAAUGGGUUACAAAUUUUCUUUUACAUUGCCAGUAGCCUGACGUAUGCAGGAUAAACAUAGUUGUUCAUGGAGAUUUCUAUUGAAUGCAGACUAAAAAGGUUUGCUUUUUUUAGUGUGUUAGCUGUUUAACAGUGAUGAAGAGGGCAUGGGACCCUUAUUAGCUGCUACUGUAACUUUGUUUAGAAAGGUAGGUAAAUUGUACAUCCUCGCUCUGAGAAUUACCGGCAGGGUCUAAAUGGGUGCUGAAAUCUUGCACUGAGCUUCU